CCCGCCCCUCGGUUAGUGGAGGGGAGGAGGGCACACGGCGGCCAGUGGCGCUUGCACGCCGACCGGGACAAGUUGAGGAGAAGGGACUCCCGAGACUACGAGAAGAGCAAACAUGAAUGUUGGAGUUGCCCACAGUGAGGUGAAUCCAAAUACCCGUGUAAUGAACAGCCGGGGUAUGUGGCUGACAUAUGCCUUGGGAGUUGGCUUGCUUCAUAUUGUUCUACUUAGUAUUCCCUUCUUCAGUGUUCCUGUUGCUUGGACCUUGACAAAUGUGAUACAUAAUCUGGGGAUGUAUGUAUUUUUGCAUGCAGUAAAAGGAACACCUUUUGAAACUCCUGACCAGGGUAAAGCACGGCUCCUAACUCAUUGGGAACAGCUGGACUAUGGAGUACAGUUUACAUCUUCACGGAAGUUUUUCACAAUUUCUCCAAUAAUUCUGUUUAUAGCAGCUAGUCCUGGAGACGAGACGCGGGACUGUGUUGAUGACAUCACUUCCGGGGCGACAAGGUCUGUCUCUGCCUCCUGCAAUAACGCAGCGACUGACUUUGCUAGGGAAAGGACACCUCUACUAGCUACUGUCAUUCACGAGGAAGGAAUUAUCUAUAGAGUAAGUAUGCUAAUAUUGAAUAAGGCAGCAGGAGUUUUUUCUAAACCAUCAAGAAGGGAAAUUUAUGAAUUUUUAAGAAGUUUUAAUUUUCGUCCUGGAAAAGUAUUUCUUCAUAAACUAGUAUUGGGGAUUGAAACCAGUUGUGAUGAUACGGCAGCUGCUGUGGUGGAUGAAACUGGAAAUGUUUUGGGAGAAGCAAUACAUUCCCAAACUGAAGUUCAUUUAAAACCUGAAAGGAAACAUACAACAUACAGUACAAGACAGCAUAAAGUAUGAAACCAGUGCAAACAGUAAGUGUUACUACCAUGCCCCAGUUCCAUGGUUCUUUCAGUAUUUCCAAGAGUUCUGGACAUUUGAACGUGGAAAUGUUAACUGCACAGAAAGGCCUCUCCUAACCACUUUAUCUAAAUUAAGUACUCCUACCAUGUUUAUUGCAUGUUAUCUCACCCUGCUUAUCUUCUUCAUCAUCCUUUUGAUAAUUUUUACAUUUGUUUACUUAUGUAUACUCUUUCCCCCAAUAGACUCUAAGUUCUAUGAUGACAGGGGCUGUGUCUGUAUUAAUCACUAUACCAUGCCUUGAUACCCAGAGUAGCAUCUGAUAUGUUGCAUCUGAUAUUAGUGGCCUUGAAAAAUAGGCCUUCAAUGAAUGGAGAUGAAAAAAAUAUUGUUGUACGAGUAAGCAUCAUAGUGAAGGCAAAGAGGUGAGAAAAUACCGGACAUUCAGUUUAGUUAGUGCAUAGGUUACUUGAGAGGAAUACACAGGCAAGCAAACUAUGGUACCAUCUGCACAGCUCAUCUCUGCAUUUAUUGAAAUCCUACAGUUUCCUGGCAACAUUUGGCUCCAGCUUUGAGGCCAGAUGGUUUUCCUGCCUCUUUGUUAGCUUUUUGGUCAUUCAAUUACCUACUCUCCGUACUGUGUACAAAUUAAUUCUUUUGAGAAUAAAGCCAUGGUCUUAUUGUCUCUGGUCCUUAGCUAGCAUAAUCCUUUGAAGGUAAAAUAUAUAGAAGAUGCCCAGAAAGGAAGGGAGGUAAGCAAGUGGGAGAAGGAAGAAAGAAGUGGGAGGGAGAGGAUUUGCACUUAAAGUCACCUAAAUUUCAAUAAAGUAAACACUUUUGAGUAGGAGAGUUAUGGGGUCAGCAUUGUGCUUUAUUUUCUGGUAAUACAAUAUAGAAUAGACUCCAAGGAUCAGAAAAUCUGUCUGGGGGAACUGCAGUUAGUAGACUUUGAAUAGACUGAGAUAAUGAGAGUUUUUGAACUUGGGAAUGGUGAUAUAUUUAAUGUGGACAGUGAGAUAAAGGAGAUAAAGAUGAAACCUGAAACCCAAGUGAUUAGGAGGUUUGAUGCCAUUAACAGAGUUGAAGAAUAUAAGAGAAAAAGUAGCUCUGAAGAACCGAGGCAAAUAUGGGGCGCCUGAGUGGCUCAGUCGGUUAAGUGUCUGACUCUUGAUUUUGGCUCAGGUUAUGAUCUCAGAGUUCAUGAGUU